AUUUCGCAUUUGUUAACGAGACGUGAAGUGGGCAAAGUCGCAUUACAGGGGAUGUACUGGGUCCAUCCACACACGCAUACGCAUACACAUGCACAUGCGCACACACGAACAGACACGACGUGGCUAAUAUUAUCGGGUGUCUGUCCGUCGGUCUCAUCAUUGAGUCAUCAGUCAAUCAACCAGCUCCUACCCACACACAUACACUCACACAGAGUGGACAUGACUGACAUGCAGUGUCUGUUGCCAAACACGCACAUGGAUUGCUUCUAAAACUGCCCGCACUUGACCCCCUCCCUCCCCUCCCCGUCCCCCUCCCUCCCUUGUGUGUCGGCGGCCGCAGCGGAAAUCAUUCAUCGCCUUCGGCUGAUCACACACAAGGACACGAGGACAAUGCAUCGAUCAGCCUGCCCAUCCGGUGGGUUUGGUGCUGUGCUGUGCAGUUUGCUCACCCGCCGCGCUUCUGGUUGAAUGGGACCUUGGUGAAAGCCCAGUCGACAUGCACCUGCUUCUCCAGAAUCUCCUUGCCGUUCAUCGCUGCCAUGGUAUGGCCAUCCAGUCCAGCAGCAAUCAGUCAAUCACACACAUCCACACUCACUCACUCGGCGCAGGUGCGCGUGUGUGCAUACAUACCGUCGAUGGCGGCCUUGGCCUCCUGGUACUUCUCGUACUCGAUGAAGCAGUAACCCUGCACACACCACACCCGGCACACACACACACACACACACACAGAGAGAGAUACAGACGUCCAUCAUGGCUGAAUGUUCUGUGUGCCUGCCAACAGUGACCGGCCGACCUACCUUGACGAAUCCUGAGCGUCUGUCGAGGUUGAGGUGGAGGUUCUUGAUGUCGCCGAACUGGUCAAAGUGCUCGUGCAGGUCCUCCUCCUGGCACUCCUCCAUCAGACCCGUCACGAUGACAAUCCAGCCCUCGAUGGCUGCGCACGCACCACACACACACCACAAAGAGAGACAUCCCUCAUCAUCCAGUCCCUCCCUCUGCUUCACUCAGGUAGGUAUCGCAUCGCUCACAUCUGGCGGGUCCGAAUUCGUCGCUGCCUCCCUCCUGGUUGAGCGACUGGAACACGCCCGCAUCUCCCUCGUAUCGGUCGUCCACCUCCAUGGCGUCCCUCGCGCCCCUCCCUUUGAUGCGGCGGCCGCCAGACCGCAUCCCUGCAUCUCCUUCAUCACUCUGCAUACUCACUCACGGAUCUACUCACACGAAGGCCGCUAGGCAAAACCUGGGGACGUCUCGGCAACGAAGGGAAGCAGAUGCGGACUCUUCU